AUGAAGGAAAAUAAAAUGAUUAAAACUGCACAGUUAGCUGAGGGGAGCCUGUCCGAUUUUGCGUCGCGCAAAAUCCAAUACACGGCGAAUCAACCCCUUAAAAAAGGUCUCUUUACACCCGACACGAGACCAUCAAGUUUACGCAAGCUGUACGAAAAGGCUACAACAGACCGCCUCUCCACCUCUAUCCUCGACCAACUAAGAAAGGACUCCCAACAUUCCCCAUAUUUGUUAUGCACUCCAGUCCUUGGUACAAAACGAAGACGUAUCUAUCAGAAAGUGGACGUGGAAAUCGAAACGCACAUUCCGUCAGUCGUAGAGCAGCUACGAAAAUGGACAUCUAAAGAAGCCAUCGGUGACGUUACUGCGUUGCCAGACUCGUCUAUGAGGAUAGCCAACAGCGUCACUCUAACACCUGACGAACUGUCAGAAUGCGGGUCCGGGGAUGAUGAGCCUAUUGACCACAGGCUGCCCAGCCCAGAUGAACAACUGAGGAUCAUCGCUUCCAAAUUUCCCCCACAAGUUGUAGCAAUCGACACGUCCGGGAAAUUCUUCGAUAGAAUGUGCAGUUCACGGAAAUCUCUUCAUAUAGAGAACACCACCGGUGAAACGGACACUGUGAAGCGGCGCACACGCACAAGAAAACCUCGUGGUAAAAGACGAAACACCAUUUCGGGCACUGAUCAAAAAGAGCUUAGAGAGGCUAUAGCUGGCGAUACAACAAAUGCAGUGGCUUCUGAAGAAAUCGAAGAUAGUAAUACAGUCAUCAGGUCAAAGUCUAGUGAUUUACUUAAGAAAAGUCCUAUCGAUCCGGUGACCAAGAAAGGGCAUUUCAACUCACUGAAACAAUGGGGAAAGAAUAGGUUGAGAUUGAUUGGGAGAUCACCUAGCGCCAGUAGGGAUAGUUUUAAGGAUGGUUCGAAAAUUGAAAAAGUCAAAGACUCAAAAUCGCCGACUAGACAAAUAGAAUCAGUCCAAGAAACUGUCACAAUGCGAAAAAAACGACCAGGAGAAGAGGAUAGGAGAACGCAUCAAAGAUGUGCAUCAUAUUCCUCUUCGGAGAAGAGUAUUGGCGUUCCUAGCACAGUACCGAUAAACACAGCUACAAUUAACAUUGGAGUGAAAUUACGCGGAACUUCAGUCCAAAGGAGGCUGAGGCGGUCCGGAACUGCAACUGCUAAAGAUGAACCCCAUUCUUCAAGCGGAAAUUGGUCUGCUAGUUCCGAAUCGGGUCGAACAAGUAUAGGUUCUGAAAUAACUACUACAACAGUUCCUCCUAAGAGUACAACUUCCGGUGGUACAUCAAACAAUUCCUUAAAUGCACAUCACGGCCCCCCGAGUUCUAUUAUCAGUCGUCGAAGAUUCCUUAAUACUUCAGGCUCAGGAAGUGUGACUAGUGAAGGAACUCUCACACCUGAUAUUAUUCAUGACUUACACGAAGAUUUGGAAACUAGUUCAGAAUUUUCUUGUGACACGGAAGGUUACUAUACAUCAUUCCAUAUGGACUCGGGAUUAAAAACCUUGAAAGAAGAAGAAACUGUCCCCAGCACACCAAUGCACACGAGCAACGCUCUUUCAAACUCAUCUAACAGUCAAAAUAUGUCAGCGGAAAAUGAAUAUGAAUUGUUUGGAAAAGGAUCAACAAGUACAACAACAAGUUCUGCAGGAACUGUCUGCACAACUUUGAUGGCAGCUGGAAGCGAUAGAUCCUUAGUAAUAGGCCCAACUGUACCUGAACGAAAGAGUUCAUUAACUAAAAUGAAUAGAAGUAGAGGAAGCGCACACAGUGCAAAUGCCAGUUUAGAUAGGAGUAAUUCCUCUUUCACAAAAUCUCCUUACAGCAGUCUAAGAUAUAACCCAGUUCGAUCAUCUUUAACAGGGUAUAACCAGUCGUCACCAGAAAUAAGUGAAGUGCCACCCGCAACGAUUACAAUUACGAGAAAUGUAGGUAAUCAUAAAGAGAUAACAGCAGUCGCUGAAGUACACACAGAAACUGAAUUUGAAAGUACAAAGAAAAGUACAGGAACCAGUUCACCAGAUUCAGGACACAAUACUUCUAGUUCUCCCAUUGAAGAUUCAGUUUCCAGUGCGCAUGGGAAAAAUAGUUUAUCCGAACAAGAUUAUUCCGAAUCUUCUGAUCUGGAAGGUACUGAAAGAAUAGAGAGAAUAAGAUACAAAACUACAAUCAAUAGUUCUAGAAUUCCAUCAAUGUGUGUCAUUACACCUUCCAACUCUGACGAUGAGAGUGAAAUAAGUAACAAAGAGUCUGAUACAGUUGUCAAAACAGAUACUCUGACUGAAAUAACUAAAAUGGCUAACAGGCCAAAAUUAGAAUUACCUGUUGUAGAAAAUCCUAAAGAAAUCAAAACAAACAUCGAUGUAACAAAGUCAACCAAACAUUCGAGUCAACUUAAAACUUCUUUACAACCAUUUAAUAGCCUAAUGUGCAAACUAAAGGGGGUUUUGCCACAUAAAUUAUCAAACAAGAAAUCGCCAGUCUCGAAAGAACCAGAAAUUGCAGAAGACAUAUACGAUACCGGUGACUACGUUACUAUUGCUGACGUCAAGAACAACAACCAGAAAAUGAGUCUCAACAGAAGUAUUUAUGGAAAUAGUGACAUUGUAAGAAAAAAUCUACAAACAGUAUUGUCAGGUAAAUUGCCUGAAACGGAAUAUGUUUCUCUUAAUGAAUUGCCAAAUUGUCUUAGUGCAAGCAAAGAUUAUUUAGAAGAUGGUCUUGAAGAAAAGCCAUCUCCGGCACUAGAAGAAUUACAAAGAAAAGGAGCAAAGGUUACUCUAGAUUCACAAGGCCAAGUUAUUUAUUCAUCUGAUACCCUAAAACGAAGAAAAGGAGCCCACACAACAUUCGAACCAGGACCAUUCGUACAAGAGAUUAAACCCACCACUACGGUUAUCCAACGUGAAACUCCUGACGUUGUUAAAGUAUCGGAUGAAACAGACUUCCCUUACGAAGUGCCACAGCCUUCGAGUAAGCCAACAUCACCCCAACUAGGAAAAAUGAUUAUCAAAGCGCCUAUAGAACCUGAUGGUCCGAUGACUACAGAAUUUGUAACUUUACCGACACCUAAACCUAGUACAAUUAUAACCGCUACUCCUAUCACCGAAACACCUGUAUCUAGCAAUCAACAAAACACGAAAAUAAAUAAAAACCCACAAGAUAUACCGCGAGUUGUAGAAGCGAUUACUAGAACAGGGGCUUAUGUAAAUAUUCACGAUGCGGAGGGUGUCAGCUUAUCUCCGACGAAAGACGAUUCCGCAGACUAUCGACAUUCCAGUGCUGACAAACCCUAUUUGAACAUGCCGCCUAGCCAAGUCCAUAAUAAGGGACCAACAAUAGACUUAAAUGCGAUCAAUCCCACCUUACACAGAUACCAUACUGCGCAUCUACGCGGCAAACAUGGCAUCGUCAAUUAUGAUAAUACAACGAAUACUCAAAACGAACAGCCAAAGUUUUGGACACUGCCGAAAAGAAUGAACACCGAACCUAACGCUCUACAAAGAACCUUUAACUAUCCUAUUAAAACUGUCCCUAGGGACUUACAACCACUUGACCAAAGGCAAGAUUCCAUUAAUAUUAAAGAGGAAUCCAUCAAAAUAUCACCUAUAGACCCUAGAACUUUAGGAACCUUCAAAUCAUCAACUCCAUCCAACAAAGAAAACAUUGUUGAUCUGUCUUCGAAAUUGUUAUCUCCAGUUAAAUCAAGCAUGACCAACGAAGAACUAUACGCUGUUAUUCAUAAAAGUAAGAAGAAAUUAAAUAUAAAAGACGCCCCAGAAAGAUCGGAAUCUCCAGCGUUAUCUACUAUUAGUUUAUCUCCAGUCAGUUCAGAAACUUCUUUAUAUACCAAAGGUAGCCAACGUUAUCCGGAAACUGGUUAUCUAGGGGAUCCUAGAAACCGAAUGAGUUGGUCUCCUGCUGAUAAAACCUCAAUGGUUCCUCAGUUCGCUUCUAUGUAUGGAGUUCAAAAACAAGAAACAACUUGUGCCGAUCGAUACGGACCAAUAUCUCAGACGUCUAGGUUAGAUUUCAAAAAACUGUUACUGCAGCACAGCGUUAAACUGAAUACACUUAGUCCUCAAACUAAAACUAACAAACUGUCAGCAGUGGAACAAUUAAAACUUUCACGGGAGAAAUCGCAAACGCCAACAUUGCCAGCACAAAUUGCAAACAAAUCAAACAUAAAUAUUCUUGAUUUAAGUGGAUCUCCGAAAACAUAUACACAUAGAAAAGUUAUAAAACCCAGUACCCAGCCUACAUCACCAGGACGUACUGGAGCGCUAAUUAAAGAACACAAAAAUACAUCCAAAAUAUUACUAUCGCCCAAGUCACAAUGGCGGUUUGCAAGUCCAAGGUCUGACGUCUUGUCCACUCCUAUACCAGAAGCAUAUAACGAAGAUGAAAAUUCUAAUAGCUCAGGGGAGAAACAUGAUGUUUCUCCUGAAAACCAAUCAUCAAAAACAAUACCUAUAGUCACAAACCAACAUUUUGGGGCUCGGCGCAACCUGAUACCGCUGAAUGAAAAUGCUUUGGAAAUCGUAAGAGUUUUCCCUCAAUCAAUUGAUCAAGGAGUGUUUCCUCUUAACCAGGACUUUACCAAAGGACAAAGCCUAUCAAGAACAGAAAUAAUGCAGGCAAAGCGUGCUGAAUUCUUUAAUACAUGUCCGGAAUCAUCCCCGCCUAAACUGUCAUCCUUCAAAAGCCCUUCGACGACUGUGGUUUUUAUAGAACUUCGCCGCAUACAAUCAGAAGGAAUUACUGUAAAUACUAUUACUAAUACUGGUCAAGCAUUGAAUGGCGUAUUACCAAUGUUUACAACAUUGCUGCUGCUUGUGGAUCUCACUGUUAUAAUAUUUGCAAAUCGCGAAGACCCCACAGAUGUCGCAAUAACAAUAUCUGAAGAAGAGGCAGUAUCAGUACAAGAAUCAAUACACCAACCGCAUACAUAG